AUGAAACGUCUCGAGUAUCAUAUCUGCUUUCUGUCGGUUCUCGUGGCGCGUUCUUUGGCCGAGGAUUUCACGCUGAACAUCGACUUCGAUAAGCCUAUCGCAGUGACCGACGAGAAGUUUCUUAGCCUCACCAUUGAUCCAGAAACCCUGCUGACCGGAAAUGCUUUCAGCACGAAUUUCGAGAAGAGCGUAAAUUUAGCAAGAGCUAUGAGUCCGGCGUACGUUCGAUUCGAAAGACCGGCUUCCUUCCGGUUUACCGAUUCGAACGUUCAGGAUGUCGGAAGGAACGAAAUAACCGAGCUAUCUGCAUCCGAUUGGAUUGUAACGAAUCAGUGGGCAAAGAAAGCAGGAUUGGACGUAAUAGCUUGCGUCUCGGCCGCUGAUCAACGAGAUAAAAUCGAACGCUCCGAGGACGCGAUGGAAAUAAUUUCUUUCACCGAUCACAUGGCUUUCAAGGCGAAUUGGCAGCUGGGAUACGAGUGUCAGGCCAGGUGCAACGUCUCAGCCAGCGAUUUAGCGAGACAGACGGUGAAUCUACGAAAAAUAUUGAACGAAUUUCCUCGAUAUUCGAGCAGCCUCGUUACCGGGCCGGACAUCGUGGCUUAUAGGAGCGAGGAGCAGCGACAGUAUCUCAGAGAUUACUUUAAUAUCGCUGCUCCGGCGCUUACGGCUGUAACUUGGCACCCCGAUUUCGCUAGCGUCACUUUGGACGACACGGGAGCCUUGGUGCAACGAGAUAGUUUGGAUGAAGAUAGAGAGGACCUGCUCAGUGUUAUCGGACGUUUCAUGGACAAGCAACAGUUAUGGAUCGCUGAAUCCAAGCCAGAAGCACUGAAGAACCUGUACAUCGGAGCAUUAAUUUUAGCGAGAAGAUUAGGUAAUGCAGCAAGAUCGAAGAUAAACGUCUUCAUGAGACAACCAACUGACCUGACUCAACCGUCUGCCGAUUACUGGGUGUCUUUACUCCACAAGACUCUGGUUGGACGAAAAGUAUUCGAUGCAAAGACCAGCGAUAAAGAUUACGUGUACCUUUACUGUCAGUGCACGAAACCUUCCAACAAGUACGAGAAAGGGUCUGUUACGAUCUUUGGCGUGAACUUGAACCCUGAAGAGGUUACUAUCGACUUGAAGGGAAUGAAAAUCGACAUGGUACACGAAUAUAUUCUUUCUCCAGGUUUUACUACACCCAACAGAAUGUUUUCCGAGAGCGUCUUCUUGAACAAUAAAACGCUGGAUUUGAUCAAUGAUACGGUUCCUGAGCUGGUUCCCGAUAUUUUGAGCAGCACCGAAGGAGUAAAGCUUGAGCUGCAUCCAGGAGGCAUUGGUUUUUGGGUUCUUCCUAAUUUAAAAAUAAAAUCUUGCAUGGAAGAUGAUAAAACGUCGGAGGGAAAUUUUGAAGGCUUGAGAAACACGGAAGACGUGAAAAUUCACGUCACGAGGUCCGUGCAAGAUACAUCGACUUUGAAAACCGAAAAGAAGCAGAAGAUUAGUUCUCGAGCCUCCAGAAAGUCAAUCUUAAAAAGAGAACUCAAAAAGCUGCGAAACUUUGCGAGAAAAAAGUUGGACGAUUACGACACCGCGAAAGUUCCAUUAAAACCUGAAGAUUCUUCAACUUCUCGGCCAGAAAACGCAGGAGAUAGUCGGACUACGAGCGCGAAUGCACAGGAAUCUCGAAACGAUAUUCAAAAUAAAUUACAAGGGUUCAAGGAUCGCAUACUACGUAUAAGAAGCAUAUCGAGAUCGGAGAAAAUGAAAUCGACGGUCGACAAAAUUGUCACGGACGUAGCGUCCUUGUUAUCGAAGGUGCAGACUGCCCUUCACUCGAAACGCGAAAUCGAUCCGUCGGACAAAUUAAAAUCAUCCAGCAACGUCAAGGACCACUUACAGUCUCUCUUUGAUUUUCUGAAUCGUGUCGAUUUUAACGAGUCCAAAGCUAAAGUGGUCAAGAGGGACCUGUACAGUAGGUUUGCAACUACCCCGGACCAAAAACGAGAAAAUAUUCUGAGAAAACGAUCCGGAAUCGAGCAUAUAAGAAUAGUGCCGAGUAUCGUCGAGCUGGAAAACAGCGACAGCGACGAACACACGUUUUACGGAUUCUUCCAGAUGAAUCCUGCAGAAGGUUUCCCGCGAGGCGACGUGUCUUUCGCCACUGGAGGACUUCCGCGAGCGAUGGACGAUGAGGCCGGAAGUCAAGAAAACGAUUCGGAUUCCCCGGAACCUGAGUAUUCUGAUUAUGACAUAUACGGCGAAAAAAUGUAUCCACCGGCUCCGUCGGAGGAUUGGCAAAGGGAUAGGAAUGCUGCUGAACUGUGGGAAGCUGAAAUGAUCGAUCCUAGGCCAGAAAGAUCUGGGAGGACUAUUUAUGCAAAUCCUUUGUUUAGGGCAUUAGAUUUUUCCACGAAUACCGAUUAUAGAAGGUCUAAAAGAGAGGUGGAGGACCUGCACGAGAUAUUGGACCAAGAAAUGAUCAACGAGGACGACGCGAACUUGAAGGACUGCAAUUGUAGAGUGAUUAGGAGUUCGAAAGCCUGCAAUUGCAGAACAGGGAGGGAUGUUGCGGAGACUGUGGAGACAGCGACUCUUUCCGAAGUGGAGAGCUUAAAUUCGCACGAUAUCGCGGACGUAGAGGUGUUUUCCGAACUUAAGGAAGCUCCUAUGGAGUCGCAAACUGAAUCCAAUGUGGAAAUGGAACCGAAUGCACAGAUCGAUUUGGAAGGAAUUUCGAGCGAGAUGAUCGGUGUAACCUCGAUAAAUCCUCUGACUACUGUUUCCCCAUUGAGCUUGAAUGAUCAAUCGAUUAAAACGCCAAUUCAAGGCGAAGACGAUACGUCUCUUCGCGCGGAGGCGAGAAGAAACAAGGAACAAGUGUCGAAUUUCGAAGCGACUUCCAGCGAGGUAAUCGAUGCAAAUGUCUACCCUGUAACGCCGUAUACCGUUACCCCAGUCUCGACUUUAAACGAAGACGAUCAGUCGCUGAAAACGCCGGUUCAACGCGAGAGAGUUACGCCUACUCGCAAGAAACCACGAAAAAGUAAGGUGAACUGGAAAUUGAGUUUCGAAAGAUUCCCAAGUGAAACCGUCAGCGUAGCUGCUGUAAAUCUUGAAGAUUCCAAUUCUGAGACACCGUCCACUAUUUCUUCGCUGAUUUUGGCUCCGAACGAGGACGAUGAAUCGCUCAAGAUUCAAAGGGAAAGAAACACGUUUUUGCGAGAGUCGGAAAAUGAGCAGCAAACUACGAAUGUCGAAGAAAUUCCAAUUACUCAGGCUUCUAUAAAUCUGGAAGAUUUCGAUCUUGGAACGGUGUCCACGAUUCCCUCGUUGACUCCCGUUUCGAGCGAAGACGAAUCGGUUGGGUCAGUGAAAAGUCCGAUUCGACGCGAAGGAGGUAAGUUUUUUCUCGAGAAUUCGAAGAAGACGGAGGCGAAGGAAACCGCAAUCGAUAUUUUCGGGGAUCGUGAGGAAUAUAGUUCGAACAGUUAUAAGAAUUCUACACCCUCUACCGGCGAGGAGGCUGCCACGAAGAAGAUGGAAGAAAGUUCGAGCACAGCGUCUCUAUGGGAACAGGAAAUGGCCAAAGAAUCCAAGAUGGAUUAUAAUAUCGAUCAAGGAGCUGCCGCGAGCGCCAAGAGGGAAAUCGUGGACAAAGUUCCCAAACUAUCCGUGGGAAACGAGGCAAGGAGUUCGAAAGAUUCCCAACGAAAUAGAAAGCAAAAUCUACAGAGUAAAAGGAUCAAGUCGAACAUCGCCAAGGCUCGAGAGACGCAACUGAUGCAGAGAGCGAAAGUCCUGUCGGCACUAGCGAAGAUGAUUCGAGGGAAAACGGGAGACGAGGUGUACAAAUUUGGCCCGAAGAAAUCGAAGAACAAGAAUGAAAAACCAGAACAACCUCGAAAGACGAAACUUCCCGAAAGAAAGAGACCGGUGUUGCAGAAUCUCCAGAAGAGCAUAGACGACGAAAUGACCAAAAUAGCGAACGAGAAUAGAAAUUUGAAAAGACGACAAACGUGGGAGAUCGUCGAGGAUAGCGAUGAUCUGCAGGACGUGAGGGAUUGCGAUAAGAUGGCUUGCGUUCUGGUGUACAACCCGACGAGCGAUGACAGCGAGAGCUCCGAAUCGAUCGACAAAAGGGACGUUCCGACCGAGAUCAGGAAGGGAAUUUUCAAUCCCAAAAGUCAAAGAGAUUCAACUAUGGAACACUCGAAUCCCGAUAGAGCGGGGACAGAAAUUGUACAAUUGAAGGAACUGUUGGAGGAAAAGACGGCCAAGAUCGAAAGCUCUAGCGUGGACGACGAUAAUGAGAAGACAUAUUUUGCUUUGGUGGAGAAUUUGGACAGGCCACGAAUCUUCCAUUUGCGAGAGCACGGAGAGGAGAAGAGAAACGCACAGACACCACGUUUUCGUUCCAACUACGACUCCUACAAUCGGCCUCGAAACAGACUGUAUCGUAAAGAGAUAUACGUGAUCGAUCCCUCCGAAUACAGAGGGGGAGAGCCGACUUUACAACCGUACAGAAAUCUAUGGAGACCGCAAACCAAUUCGAGAUCGAGAAACGUGCACGGGGUAAUUCGUAAAGUGUUACGCAAACCGUACAGAAGUCGUAAAACGGAACAACACAAGCGGGAGGACAAAGUUUCCGACGAAGAAUCCGAUGAAUUUGAAGAACUAUCGGAAAAUGUAAACACCGGAGAGCUUUUAAAGGCUCUGAUCGACAAUCUUGACUUACAGUCGGUCGAAGAGCUUUUUAAACAGCUAAACAAAUACAACACCAUAGAUGAAAAGCAUAAUUUUAUUCGUUCGAUCUUCGAAGAAAUGAAAAGAAAACGAUCGGAGGAAGAUGCUAUCGUGGAAAGCGAGGUAGUCGAGCAAUCUUCCAGGAAUACGGAGUAUUCUAAAGAACACGAAUCUUUAGAAAUUCUCGAUGACGAAGAGACGGUAGAUCAAAUUGAGAAUCAUCAAGAUAUUCCGAUAGAAGACCUGCAAAGCGACGAAGAUGUUACCAGUUUUGAAGUAUCCAUCAUCGAGGAACAUUCCGACACAGUUGCAAGUAAAAGACGCAGGGACACGAGUAUUAAACCUGAAAAAGAUUAUCUCGUUUGGCUAAAACCCGGACAGGACAAUUACUUAUCUUUGAAAAAAAGAUCAGAGGACAGUUUUGAUGGAGCAUCGUCUAAAAUCUUGGACGUCUUAAAGAAAAAUGAGGAACACAAGGUUAUGCCUGUUAAACGGAGUAAUUUAGAUGAUCUAUCUGUUCGUACGAAUGAACGUUCAUUCAACAUACUGGAAGAUGAAACGAGCCGUGCGAAUACAACGAAAAAAUUUGAUAGAUCACGAAGACAAGCAGUGGAUCGAGAGAUGAUUGAUGAAAAUACUGAUAUGGUGCAACCCUCGGAACUACAGCACUUGGAAGGAUCUUCGAGCCAGAAAAAUCAGACUUCGACCGAGAUGGACGACAUUGAGAAAUCAUUAGUCGAAAAGAUACCGAUCGAGAAAUACACGAAGAAGGAGGAUCAAAAGAAAAAUGGUAACCGUGGCUUGCCAUCGCUCAUCCAAGAAAGUAUACCGAGUUUGCAAAACAUCGUGAUCGAUGGUUUGCAAAAAGCUCAAAAUUUCACGAGCUCGGUGGAACAGCUGGUCGAAAAUCUGGACGAAAAAUUUGACGAGGCGACUGAGAGCGGGGAAGAAAAUAACUGGGACGAUUCUAAAUCAACGAAGGUCUCUCACCACCUGUUUCGCAAUGCGAUAACAAACGUGAAAAAGUUCUUCGCAUUGCUCGGUGGAAUCACGCGAAUCUUAAUUACCUCGGAUGUUCUUACGGAACAGAACCAAUCCGAACUUAAUUCCAAACUGAGCGCAAAGAGGAGUUUGCUGGUUUUAAUGCCGGCAUCCGAGGAGAAGGAAGAGAACGAUAGCAUAGAAACAGAGGGUCACAGUCAGAAGACCAAACGUUGCAAAACACCGCUUCGUCUAGGCGCUUCUCCUCCGAUAACUAGAAGACAAGAAAUUUUGAAAACGAUACAGGAUGGUCUGAAGUCCAGAGAUCAAAUCGUCGGUGCUUCGCAGAACGUCCCGUUAACGAAAACCGACGUGUUCGACGAUGGUAAAUACAUAUGUUACUGUCAGCGAAAAGAUGGUCCUUCUGAUCAAACGCCAGCCUUGAAACCGCAACAGGCCACGAAGAGAAUUAAACCAGAAAGGAAGAACGACGAUAGAAACAUGUUCGUAGGUAGCAAACAAAAACCUGUCCCUUCGCACACACCUCAUCGACCAAAUUUACCAAAAAAAUUGUACCCCAACGUUCCUCAACAUCCUUCGCGCUUGCAACCUAGAGUUAAGCAACCCAUUCUGCAACAAAAGGGGCAGGAAAGAGUACCUUAUAUCCCGUACGCCCAUCGUGCAGGUUCUGAUAAGAAUCCAACAAAGUUCAACAUUCCAUUCAAUUCUGGUGUUGUUAAACCUGACUCCAUCGUUGGCCAACAAGCACCGAUUGGUCAACAAAGUGAUUUGAACGAAGAACAACAAAUGGUUGGGCAAUCUUCGUGUCCUUCGAACAUUCUUGACCAAACGCUAACCCAAUCACCAGAAAACGUUCCAACGAACGAUCAGCAAGAAGAUUCCAAUGUUUACGACAACAAUUUGCAAUCUGAGCCGUCGAAUCCCUCCGAAGAUGGAACCGAAAGCUUCGUCGAGAAAGAACCGUCUAUUCCGCAGGAUUCUUCGCAGCCGGAAGAUCCGAACGUCCAAGCUAUCGGGCCAGAAUCGAUCCAAAAGGAAAACGAAUACGAAACGACGGGCAGCGGGGUGUUGGAUUACUCUGAAAUCAAAGAGGUCACCACCGCUUAUUUCACGUCCAAAGCUUACACCAACGAAACCGAACACGGACCAACCGGUUACGAUGACUUUCACGUUACAGGCGAGGAUCAAGAUUACAACACGAACGUGCAGAGUCGAUUGAACGACCCCGAAGAUGAAACGAUCCGAAAAGCGACGAAUAUGGGCAACACAAACUUCGGCGAGGAAAACAAAGAAGAGGACGUAGUGGGUGAAAACAAUCCAAAUUUCAACGAGGAUGGAACCGAUGAUUCAAAUCAGGACAUAAAACACGAGGGAGCUUCCCCUGCCGAGAAAGCUGGCGAGUUAAUUCCUGGAGGUUUAUCCUCUCCGGAUGAAAGUGAUGAGUCCGAAGGGAAUGAAGGAUAUUUUACAAACAACGAAACGAUCGAAUCGCCAGAACAAGAAGAGUCUGAACAAGAGACCCCGAUAGUUUCUUCGAUGGGGAAUGAUAAUACCGCGAAAGGCAAAGAGUUACUUAAUAAAAAUUUUGCAACGGGUCAGGCAAAAAAUUUAGAGGAUGAUGCUUCUAUAGUUGGAUCGGCUCUAAACACCGCAAAUGAAAAUGCAAAGAACCCGUCGCACCAACCACUACCAUUUUGCGAUAAUUCCUUACUGCAAAGUACUAUAAAGUCGGUGGUCAACGACUUUGCCAAAGAUUCGUCAGAGGAGACCGUCGGCGCUGCGAAAGACGAGGAGUUCCUGCCGGAAAUCGUCGAAAUCCCGAAUCUGAAGAACGUGUUGACCAUGCCACCUAUCGAGCAAACGAUCAUGGACAGAGUGAAGGACCGUUUGUCGAAGAUAAUCACCAUUGACCGGAAUGUGUUCGAUAACGACAAGACCACUAACGUGAUCAGAAACACCUUGCGUCACAUGUUGUCCGCCGCGCCCAUCCCCAAGACAGAACUUCCGCCGCUGACUGUCGAAGAGCACCAAUUCAAAAACGGAAAAUGGGUCACCAAUCUAGUUACUCUUGCACCGGGAACCGACGAGGCUCCUGCUCCGACAAGCUUGGAAAAAGUGCAAACUUCCGUCAGAGAUCUCAUUCGAGACCCUGCACUGGGGCUGCAGGCUGUCAAGCAUCCUGUUGUUCAAAACAUGAUCGUCGAAAGUGUUCGAAACACUUUCGAGCCGGGAAACGAAGAACCGGUGGAUGAUUCGGUCAUUCGAAACACUUUGAACGAGGAAUUGAUUCUGAUGCAGACGAAGAGCGAAGAAGAUCAAGAUACGAUAACAGAGGCUGCGGCAGAGUCGAACACUCUCGAUCCGUCGACAAUCGAUAUGAAAAAGUUAUUAGAUAUCGCCAAAGGCGAAGCAGGAAUAGACAAUCCGACCUUAAAAUCUGUUACAGCGUCUACUGCCGAGGAAAAUUUGGAAAAUUCAGGAGAUACUGGGGAAGAAUCUGUAAACGACGGUGUAGUUGGGGCGGCGAGAAACGAAGGAGGAUCAAUGACCUCGAACGGGAAAGAGCUACCAGUCGAACCAAAUUACAAAUCGAGUUGCAGUCUGCCCGACGUCGUAGAUGCUCCAAGAAGCGGAGAGCCUGCUCAGGAAGUAAAGAACGACGAAGACGAGAGAACGCCGUUGCUGGGAAUGGGAAAUACGGACUCAAAUCUAAAACAGUCCCCUGAACGCGAUCUCGCUUAUUUAGGUAAAAUUUCUGUACAGAACAGCAACAACGAGGACGAUGUGCAGAAUCUUCGAAACUCCGAGCUGUAUUACGUCGGUGACGGCGUGAAGUUACCGUUAGAGAUCAGAAAAUUGGACGAUGGUUCGUACGCUUUAUCGAUCUCUAGGAAAGUCUGCGAACAUCUGUUAAACAAAGAAUGCCCUUGUUGCGUGCCCGCGGAAGGCAACGUUGUUCGCACGGUACGAAGAAGUUCGAACACGAAACUUACCGACGACGGAAUCUGGUUCAACAGGAGGAAAAGGAUCACCGAUGGCGAAUCGAUGAGAUCAGUUUUGUUCAACGAUCGAAGGAAACGUGAUUCGGCCGACGACAGCUUGCACAUUUUCUCGAUGCCCGUGGAAAGUUUCGCGAGAAGAUACAAUCUGUCUUUGGACUUGCAAAGAGCGCGAACGCCGUGGAAUUUCGACGAGAUGGAAAAGAUUGAUGAGCACGCGAGAGAUCGGUUAAAGAAUUUGAGAAAUAAAGGAAAGAACAAUGUGGAUGUCGAUCUUCUCCGUGAUCUGUUGGACAUUCAUUCGGUGCCUGAUAACGAUAAAACGAGCGAGAAAAGAGUAAAUGAUAACCGAAAGGAGGAUGCGAUGAGUAACCAAAUACGGAAAGAAAAACAGAACGAUUUCGAUAGAUACCGAUAUCAACGCAACAUAAAUAAAAACGUGAACAAACGGGUAGAAAUAGUGACGAAUAUAUUGAACUGGUUAAGGGAUAUGAUUCUAAAUGCAUCGUCGAAAUGA